AUGAAUAACACCAAAAUAAAUGUAAAAAAAAAAAAUAUUAAAUAUAUAUUAGGGAUAGAAGGAAGUGCUAACAAAUUAGGUAUAAGUAUAAUAGAUGGAGAUAUGAAAAUAUUAGUAAAUAUGAGAAGAACUUUUGUUUCUGAAAUUGGAUGUGGUUUUAUACCAAGGGAAAUUAGUUCCCAUCAUAAAUAUUAUAUUAUUGAUAUGAUUCAAAGUUGUUUGAAAAAGCUGCAUAUAAAAAUAACAGACAUAUCUUUAAUAUGCUAUACAAAAGGGCCAGGUAUAGGUUCAGCUUUAUAUAUUGGUUAUAACGUUUGCAAAAUUUUUUCCUUACUCUUCAAUAUUCCUGUAAUUGGUGUAAAUCAUUGCGUUGCUCAUAUAGAAAUGGGGAUAUUUAUAACUAAAUUAUUUCAUCCAAUUAUACUAUACGUAAGUGGAAGUAAUACACAAAUAAUUUAUUUUAAUAAUCACAAAAAGAGAUAUGAAAUAAUAGGUGAGACAUUAGAUAUUGCUAUUGGGAAUAUUAUUGACAGAUCAGCAAGGAUUCUUAAAAUCUCUAAUUUACCUUCCCCAGGAUAUAAUGUUGAACUUUUAGCUAGAAAAAAAUUUAUGCUAAAUAUUUUGAAAAAGCGAAAAAAUAGAAAAAAUGAAGCUUUAAAUAUUUUAAAUGAAAAAAAUAAGCUUAAAUGUGUAAAUUUGCAGAAUAAAAACAUGAAUGAUACUAAUAUUUCUAAUUCUGUUAAAAUAAAACAUAAUAAUUCAAUUUUAAAACAAAGUAAUAUGAACUCUAUUAAAUGUACCAAUAAAAAUAAUGAUGUAAAUGAUAUAAAAAAUAAUGACAACUAUGAUUAUACUGAAUUACUUUUUUUUCCAUAUACUAUUAAAGGAAUGGACAUAUCCUUUAGCGGUUAUGAUUAUUAUAUUAGCAAAUAUUUUUCAAAAUAUUUAAAUAAAAAUAUAAAGAAAAUAAAAAUGAAUCUUAAAAAUAAUAAAAAAGAAAGCAAUUACGAAGAAUAUAAUCAAAGUAUCCAGAAAAAAUAUAGAACUGAAAAUAACUCUUGUGAUAUAUCAGUGAAAAAAGAAGAGAAAGUGGAAGAAAAAAAUUUGAAAAAAGAAGAAUUUAAAAAUUAUAAUAACAUAGAAGUAAAAAGUGAAGAUGUUUCUGAAAAAAAAGAUAUUUCAUCUUCUAAUAAUUCAAGUGAAGAUAAUACUAUAUAUCAUAAAGACAAAAAGGAAUUUGAAAAAGAUAACAAAAUAAAGUCACUUCAAAAUGAAAAUGCAUCCAUAUGCAAAAUUGAUGAUAUCUUAAAUAAUAAUUUAAGUUACGUUUCAUUAAUUAAAGGAGAUUCAUAUUAUGAAGAUAAUAUUAUUUACAAAAGUGAAAAUAAAAAAAAUUAUGGAGAUAAUGAUAGAUAUACUGAAGAAGAUUGUUCAAUAGAAACUGAUAGUGAUUUCUACGAAAAAUACUCAAGUGAAGAAGAAAAAGAAAUUAUUGAUUUAAGUGAUGAGGAAAAAAGAAAAAUACAAAUUUGCUAUAGCUUACAGCAUCAUAUAUUUAGUAUGCUUAUUGAGAUAACUGAAAGGGCUAUUUCGUUUACAAAUAGCAAAGAAGUUAUAAUAGUAGGAGGUGUAGGAUGCAAUUUAUUCCUUCAAAAUAUGAUGAAAAAAAUGGCAAAACAAAAAAAUAUAAAAAUUGGAUUCAUGGAUCACAGUUAUUGUGUUGAUAAUGGUGCAAUGAUUGCCUAUACUGGCUAUUUACAAUACUUGAAUUCAGAAAAUAAAAAUAUUUAUAAUUUUGAAAACAUAACUAUCCAUCAAAGAUAUAGAACAGAUGAUGUUUUAGUAACUUGGAGAUAA